CUGGCCGGGGGGGGGGGGGGCGCGGAGCCGGGCUCCGGGCCGGCCGGGCUCCGCGCCUGUCAAACCCCUCAUUGUUCGCAGCUGAUGUCACUCGCAGUUGUGAGCGGCCGCCUCUCCCGGGGACAAUGUGGGACUGAGCGGCCCAGCCGCCGCGCCGCCGCCGCCGCCGCCGCUGGACAGCCCCAGAGAGAGCCGGCUAGGCCGUGGUGCGGACACACUCCCAGGCCGCUGUGGCCCCAGCCCCGCCUGACAGGAUGAGCGGCUCAGACGCGGGGCUGGAAGAGGAGCCGGAGCUCAGCAUCACCCUCACGCUGCGGAUGCUGAUGCACGGCAAGGAGGUGGGCAGCAUAAUUGGCAAGAAAGGAGAGACUGUAAAGCGAAUCCGGGAGCAGGGAGUGCCCUUGGAAGGUGGCCGUUCUACCCCGCCUGGGGCCUGGCGAGGAGGUGGAGAGCCCCACUGCCCCGUGCUUGUCCUGUACCUGCAGAGCAGCGCCCGGAUUACCAUCUCUGAAGGCUCCUGCCCCGAGCGCAUCACCACCAUCACAGGUUCUACAGCAGCCGUCUUCCAUGCUGUCUCCAUGAUCGCCUUCAAGCUGGACGAGGACCUUUGUGCGGCACCUGCCAACGGUGGGAAUGUGUCCAGGCCGCCAGUGACCCUGCGCCUUGUCAUCCCUGCCAGCCAGUGCGGCUCACUGAUUGGGAAGGCUGGCACCAAGAUCAAGGAGAUCCGAGAGACCACGGGGGCCCAGGUGCAGGUGGCGGGGGACCUGCUCCCCAACUCCACAGAGCGCGCUGUAACCGUGUCAGGGGUUCCCGAUGCCAUCAUCCUGUGUGUGCGCCAGAUCUGCGCUGUCAUCCUGGAGUCCCCACCCAAAGGAGCCACUAUCCCCUAUCAUCCAAGCCUCUCCUUAGGCACCGUGCUUCUCUCUGCCAGCCAGGGCUUCUCCGUCCAGGGUCAGUAUGGGGCUGUGACCCCAGCUGAGGUCAGCAAGCUGCAGCAGCUGUCGGGCCACGCAGUCCCCUUUGCCUCACCCAGCAUGGUGCCAGGACUGGAUCCAGGCACGCAGACCAGCUCGCAGGAGUUCCUGGUUCCCAACGACCUGAUUGGCUGCGUGAUCGGGCGCCAGGGCAGCAAGAUCAGUGAGAUCCGGCAGAUGUCAGGGGCACAUAUCAAGAUUGGGAACCAAGCGGAGGGCGCUGGCGAGCGGCAUGUGACCAUCACUGGCUCGCCAGUCUCCAUCGCCCUAGCCCAGUACCUCAUCACUGCCUGUCUAGAAACGGCCAAGUCUACCUCUGGGGGGACACCCGGCUCGGCCCCCGCAGACCUGCCUGCCCCUUUCUCGCCACCCCUGACGGCCCUGCCCACAGCUCCCCCAGGCCUGCUGGGCACGCCCUAUGCCAUCUCCCUCUCCAACUUCAUCGGCCUCAAGCCUGUGCCCUUCUUGGCUCUGCCACCUGCCUCCCCAGGGCCACCGCCGGGCUUGGCGGCCUACACUGCCAAGAUGGCAGCGGCCAACGGGAGCAAGAAAGCGGAGCGGCAGAAGUUCUCCCCCUACUGAGGCUGGCUGAGGCCCAGGCGUGGGGGCAGGCAGGACUGCGGUAGGGGGCUGCCUCUGUACCCUACCUGCCCAAGGAGACUCCAUCCUGGGGUCCCAAAGGCCGCUAAUGCCCAGACGCAUGGAUGCACCCCCACCCGGCCCCGGUCCGUGGGAGCGCCUUCUCUCAGAGGGGUCAGUGUCCGGCCCAGGCUCUGGGAGCUGCGGCAGCCCCCGAGGUAGGGGGCUCUGGCCCCUCUGGCUUUGUACUUGGAUGCAGGGAGCAUCCUUAGUGCCCCCACUCUGGGAGUCACUCGUGUACUCCCUACCCCUCAGGGCUUCCCAGCCUACUGCCCCCUGUGGGGAUCAGGGAGGAGGGCUGGGGGGUUGCUGGGGGCCAUGCUUCUCUCCCCACCUCCCUGCAGAUUCCUGCUGCUUCCACUGAUAACCCUUUUGACUGGAACGGACUGGCUGGGUUUAGCAGAGGGCAACUCAAAGAGGGGGUGCCGCCAGGCAGCUGGGGGAGUGGCAUGGGGGCAGGGGCCGAGUUCGCAGCAGCAGACACUGUACAGUUUUUUCAAUCCCUGUUUUUGAAUAAAUAUUCUGAGAGACCAGGAA